GAAUAAGAUGCGGCAAGAAGACAUCCUCAAAAUUCAUCGAAGUAGCGUGAAAUCAAAACACAAAAGAACCUGCAAAAAUUUGACGACGAGCUUCUUCUCUGUCCACAUAAACAAACCCAAAAAAAAAAUAAAAAAUGCAACAAAAUAAUCAGAAAAAGCUUCCUCCACUUCUGCUCUUCCUCGUGAAAUCCCCCAUAUAUAUAGCUUUGUCCGUUUAUGUUUAUUCUAAAAUCAACAAACCUCGUGGAGAGUUCAUCAGGAAGACAGAAGAACAUCAUUCCAGUGCUGGAAGUAGUACAGAGUAAUUAAGCUCAAUAAAUGAGAAACAUGGCUAUUGCCCCUUCCCCCCCUUCAUCGAUGCUUGUUCAGGAUCAAUGUUGUUUGCUCCCAAGAUACCCUUUUCUUCGUUCUAAUUCACUCUUCCAUCCCCCACUCCGGAACCGCUCCUCAUCCUCCUCUGUUCAGCAUCGAUUGAUUGUUCGUGCCAGUUCUGCUGUUGCUGUUGAACCGGAAGCACAAACUCAAUCAGAAGAGGGUUUCAAAGUUGAUUUGUUUGCAUGCCCUGUAUGUUACGAGCCAUUAGUAAGAAAGGGUCCAUCAGGAUUUAACCUGUAAGUUCCAGUUUCUAGUGUAUGUAAGUUUGUUAUUUUGUAUUUUCCAUGGUUUGCUCUGAUAACGGAAGUUAGAUAAUGUGCAGGCCAGCAAUAUAUAGAUCCGGUUUCAAAUGUAAAAAGUGCAACAAGACGUAUUCAAGCAAAAAUAUAUAUCUUGAUCUCACUGUUACUGCUGGAUCAAAGGACUACAAUGAAUUUAGACCAGCACGAACUGAGCUGUUCAGGAGUCCACUUGUUUCCUUCUUGUAUGAGAGAGGCUGGCGCCAAAAUUUUAACCGCAGUGGUUUUCCAGGCCCCGACGAAGAGUUCCAAAUGGCGCGGGAGUAUUUUAAACCUGCUGAAGGUGGUGUCCUUGUUGAUGUUAGUUGUGGGAGUGGCUUGUUUUCCAGAAAGUUUGCUAAAUCAGGAGCCUAUGCAAAAGUCAUUGCCCUUGACUUUUCAGAAAACAUGCUUCGUCAGUGUUAUGAUUUUAUCAAGAAUGACGAAACCAUUUUAAACUCGAAUCUUGCUCUUGUUAGGGCGGAUGUCUCUCGACUACCGUUCUCAUCUGGUUCCAUUGAUUGUGUGCAUGCUGGUGCUGCUUUACAUUGUUGGCCAUCUCCUUCAAAUGCGGUUGCUGAAAUUAAUCGUAUUUUGCGAAGUGGUGGUGUAUUUGUUGGGACUACUUUUCUACGUCCAUCCACUCCUGCUCUAUUUAGGUCUCUUGGACGGGGUUCACAAAACUAUAACAACCUAACCGCUGAGGAGAUUGAGGACUUAUGCACAUCUUGCGGUCUUCUCAACUACACUAGCAAAAUCCAGCAGUCUUUCAUCAUGUUUUCUGCACAAAAACCAUGAAAGUUGUGAUGUUUUUUUUGUUGGAGCGGUAAAUAUCUCUUUUCAGAUUCUUGUUCUUUUCCAAGUAGAGGUACUUCAUUUUCCUGUGAAUCAAUGGACUAACUGUAUAGGCUCUAGAUGCAAGUAUAAGUAUACGAAAACUGCACAUAACAUCAUAUAUUCAAGUGAUAUAUUAAGAAAGCAAAUAUUGAUGAGCAGAAAGUGCCAAUGAAAUAUGUCACGUAAGUGUCUUCUUUCUCGAAGCAUUUGGUCUUCAGUCCUCAUUUAUUGUAUUGUUUUUCUCUGUGAUUUUUACCUUUCGGGGUGGUAGGUACAUUUUUUGAAGGGGCUGUUAAUGUGAGAAAUGGGGGGUUGAAUGAAUCCUCCUCCACACCCCCCAUGUGGAAGAAUAAUAAAAAACUGAAGGUUAUGGUUUUUCGAACAGAACAAAGGGGUCUAUAAAUCAGAGACUUUUUAACAGUGUUUUUUUUUGGAGGGGCUCAGAAAGAUCCCCCCUCGUGCGGCUCAAACGCUGAUCCAUUCUGUUUGUUCUUCCCUCUUCUUUUUUCUAUUUCUUUCUUCCUUCCACCUCCCACCCUCGUGCAUCUUUGACUUUGACCGACCAAACUCAAUUACUUUGGACAACCUUUCGCCAGCUUCAUGCUGCAAUAGUAUAUGCUUGCAAUAGAUUACGGAAAGCUGCAGUUCAAUAUGUGUAGGAAUUACACGUACCACCAACCGUAUCAGAUUUUUAACAAUCAUUGUCCCAAAACAUGAAGAUUCUGAUGAGAUUUGAGGAUAAAUACAUCUAAAUUUAGCAAAUAUUACUACUAAUUGCAUAUAUACUAAAAAGCUUCAACCCUUGACAUUGAACACCAUGUGUAAUAAAAUUAUUGAAUAUUUGAGCUGCGGAGACCAGCUGUCCUGGGAUCUUCUUUCCGCGUUCAGUGUUUUGUAAUCUUGAAAUUGAGCUAUUGAACACACUUAUUACAUAUGAGGUUUUACCUUUAGAAGAUUACAUGUACUAACGUAAUUGAACCAUCAAGGGAGCUAUUCCUGUGAUUUACUUCUAAUGUUAGUGUUCGCGAAUAUAGUGGUUGGUGCUUGGCUCAUAAACCACACCACAUUGGUUAUAUACAUAAUCGUACAUUGAAGAGGGAGCGCACAAUUUGAGCUUCUAAACUUGCAAGACUCGGUUUGUAAGAUGGUUAAAAAGUACAUGAUGUGGAGGAGGGGAAGAUUCAAAGGGCAAAGAGGUGAGACAGAUGGAACAAAAAAGAGGAAGAAGAUGAUGCAAUGCAUAAACCACAGAGAAAAUUAAGAGGGAAUAUUUGCAAAUCCGAGGGGCACCUCCCAUCCCAGUUCGAAUGCCCAGGCAGACAAAAUGGAUUUUUUUUCAUAUGAGAGCGUCAGUUCAUUGGAUUCUUUGCACGUGAGUUUCAUUUACUUUAAAAAUCACUUCCAUUUUGUAAGAUUUGACAUAAAAUCUCACAAAACUCACCACGUAGAAAUGGGCAAUUAAAGAGAUUAAUCAUAAGAUUGCUAUUUCCCCACGCCCAACAAACCAAUUUCACAUGGGGUGGCAAUGUGCAAAAUCCCGGCCCUCUGUUUGUAAUUUCUACCAUCAUCGAUCCAGUUUGUUUUUGUUGUAUCGCAAAAAUGUUGUGUAUGUAUAACAACAUCCGCUAUCGAAAUAAUUCUAAUAAUAUUAUUAUGAGACAGAUGAAACUGCAUGAAUGGUAUUAUAGUAUUAUGGAG